AUGGAGGAUGCGGUACCGCAGGGUCGCCGUCCACGGGGAAGGGGCAAACAGAGGCCCUGUGACUUUUGUCGAGUGCGAAAGAUAGCAUGCAUCAUUCAAUCCCAGCCUCCAUGCCUAAAAUGCAAGAAGACCGGGCGAAGCUGUACUUUUGAGAAAGAUCCACCACCGAGGCCCCCCGCUGGCGGACCGUCGCAGUCAGGAAGUUACGAAAUCAACGGCCAGAAUGAUCCAUCUUUGGACCAGUUGCAAGAUCCAACGGGGUAUGAUUGGACAGUUCCAUCGUUUUGGCGUGAGGUCUCGAGUCCAUUUGGCGCAGCGCACGACAUGUACGCGCCUGUGGGACUAUCAGCUGCAAUGGGGCCAGCAAGUCCCGCCCACGAUGCUUCACUCUCGAUGCCAGAUGACCAUCCAAAUCAGCGCAUGCAAUUGGAGUAUACCGACGACGGACUGCGCCAGGACACGCCUCGCUUGUCUGUGCCGUCGUCGCCACGCCUUCCCGAAUCCACUUUUUCUUCGAGGUAUCUCGGGCUCACAUCAGAGACCGAUCCAAUCCUACGGCAAAGAUACCGAUACGAUGAAGCAGGAUAUCGCUUUUCCAAACUUCGCGGCUUUCGCCACUUGGAUCCGGCCGCGGAUAUCCCUCCUAUAAUGCUCCUGACACCCCUGCAGGUGUCGGCGGAGUUGGCCAAUUGUGUGGUCUCGCAGCCAUCUUCAUCCAUUCUCCAAGAUUUGUCACAGUACGGAGAGAUCCUCAUCAGCCUUUUUCACCGUUUUGUCGAGCCUUACUACCCUGUCUUAAGAUUCUCAAAUUUGAAACCAGAUGACAAAUGCAAGUCGCUCCUUGCGAUGGUCUACAGUAUGGCCUUUCAUUGGAGAUCGUAUGACCCAAACCUACCUUGGGCUCAAUUCAAUGCGAAACCAAUGACUCGCGCUCAACUCCCGGAUCAAGAUGCCAUGCACCAAUUUGCGUGGAGUGAGAUAUCCAGGGAAAUGCAUGCACCAGACUAUUCGACUAUCAGCGCGGCUUUAUUGCUCAUGGAAAGGAAAAGGCCUCAUGUUUUUGUUGCUGAUAGCUCAUUCGAUACUUCUCUUGUCGCUAUGACGAAAUCUUUGGCCUUUUCUUUGGGUCUACACCUUGAUUGCGAGAGUUGGAACAUGAGCUCAGAGGAGAAGUCCAGACGGAGGCAUCUCUGGUGGCUGGUUUAUGUGCAAGACAUAUGGGUGUGUAUCGCUCACGGGCAACCUCCAAAUAUCAAAUCUGAAGAUUUUGACGUACCUCUCUUGUCAUAUAAUCGACAUUCUACAUCUCUAGGGACUUCACCUAUAAGCAUGAAUGACGCCACAGAAGAAAACAUGGAAACAUCAGUGUUGUUCUUUCACCUGUUGGAGCUAACUCAGAUCUUAGACGAUUUACAUCAGUCGCUAUUUGCAAUCCGAAGUGUCAAACGCUUAUCUGAGAAUCUACCUGCUACGUCGGAGACUUUACAAUUGCUCAAAACACGGCUUUUGGAUUGGAAAACAAGCUUUGAUCAUCUAGCCUACUUGGAAGCUGCCGAAGAUCCGGAUGAUGCCUUCGGUCUUGGAAGCCUGCUCGUGGCAUACCAAUACUGCCAUGUGCUCAUCCACCGGACCGCAUUACGUGUCUUCAAGGGCCAUGAUCAGUACGAGUUUCAUUACGAGGAAGCGCUACAAUUUGUUCAGCGAAUGCUAGCUGAUUUCUCCGCUAUGAAACGUGCAAGCUUUGACUCAUUCUGGUUUUCAUGGUCUCGUGCACAUUUUAAUGCUAUCUGCGACUUUGUGGUGCUUCUCCGUGCCAUUUCUCAAACAGCUGCAAGUCAGAUACGCGUUGAAGAGCUUGUGUGCAAAUAUCGGCAUUGGCUAUGGAUGCGCAGCAAAUCAUUCGAAGUUGUGCGAAUGAGUCUUGUCCGUUUAGACUCCAUAAAGAACGAUUUUUGUGUUUCGUAA